AUAUGCGGCAAGCUUUUGUUUUCGAUAUCAAUUUCUGUAACCGUCAGAGCUCCAAGAACAAGGCCCUUGCAGCAGACACAUCCGUGCACGACAAAACGAAUAUAUCCAUUAUAGCGUGAAAAAAGUUAAAUAAAUCCAACAAUAAUAACAAAUAAUAUUGAAAGCAGUGAUUAAAAAAUGGGAAAAAUAUAUGAAGAGAAGAUUUUAGCGAAAAGCUUCAAGUUUAGUAAAUACGCGAGUAACUAACCGAGCACAAGCAUACGCGCACCCAGUGAUAAUUUCAUUAUGAUAUAAACAACGGUGCUAUUAUGUGUGUGUGUGUGUGUGUGUGUGUGUGUGUGUGGGUGUGUGGGGAUUACAUAUUUGAUCCUCUUCUGUGCUUAUUUGAAUAGAAAUUUGAAACAACAAUGAUGCUAUUGUUGCUACCAUUGAAAAACAGCAGAUAGUCAAUGGUUCAUAGUUUGAAAAAAACAUUUUAAAUAACGAGUCUUAUAACUUAUGUGAGGCAAAUUUAUUAGCGCGGCAGCAGAAUUUUUUACGUAUGUUAACGGCUUUAUAAAAAGCAUUGUAAAAAUGUUUUCCAUUCGAAUGGAUUUUGUAUUGUUUUGUAAAGUGCUGUUGAAACGAGCUUAAAUAUGCAAAAUAAAAAUUCGAAACUAAUUAUUUGUGUGCAAUAUUUAUAUAAUGUAAAUAAUCGAAAAAAAAAAAUGCAUAACACAUACUCUAUAUACUGUUGGUCUUUUCAAACUUCAUCAACGUGUAUUAAUUCGUUAGAACAAAGGCAACUAAAAUGAUACAAUAUCGAAUACUAAUAACCUGAUCUCUUGAAUUGCGCGGAAAUACUAUAUUCGAUGUAAGACGGCUUUGUUCCAAUUAUUUUGAAAUGAUGGGCGUGCCAAUUGAUUUACUUCUUGUCUUAUAGGUGUAUAGUCGGGGGAGGCCAAUCUUAGUUUUAACAUACAUAACUUAUUUGCUAGGCUUACUACUUCGGCUCGGAUAAACACACAAUUAGUUAAGUGUACGGACGAACAGGCGAACUUUAAGACUUAUGCCUUACAAGGUUAUUAGGUUGUAGAGUAUAAGAAUUGGGUUAGAUUGAACUUCUUUUCGCGCAGCCUGCAACCGUUUUGUAUAUUUUUCCAACGCAACAUUCUCGCAACACUCUUUAGCAUUCUAGAUUUGGUUUAAAGGCUAUAUCUCUUAAGCAGUGACUGAGUGGGCAGAUUACAUUUAUUUUCAAAACUGAUCUGUUGCCACUAUGUGCUUUUAGUAGUAUUAUCUUAAUUUUUGGAGCCUAGAGUAUUCCAUCGAAGGAGGGCAGGCACACGGACGAACGGACAGCCGGGCAGUGUAAAACUUGCACUUAUGGAAAGCAUGCAUCCUUAACGUGGAGGAGGACAAUUCGAGAAAGCUACUUAGUCAGUAUGAGAGCAAAGGAAGCCACAUGAUAAACAGACAAUUUUCGUUAUUCGAACUGCAUCAGACGUAGAUAAAGACGCAGUUUAGUGACCAAUAUUAUUGAGAAUGAGUUUUCGCCUAUCCGAAGUUAUUUCACAUGUCUUGACCAAGAGUUCAGUUAACACGAUUUUAGUUUUUUUAUACUACACAAUUUAUUGUUAACCGCCCCGAUUCAAGAUAAAUUCUUCCAUUGUUUGAUUUGUUUAUCGGAACGAUCGCAAAAACCGAAUUCAUAUGUAGCUUCUAAGAGAAAAUUAAAAAAAAAAAAAAAGAAGAAAUUGGCUCCUGAUGUUGAGAAGAGGGUCUCCUAUGGUGUGUGCGUUUGUAUAAAAAGGGAAACACAUUGUAUUCCCAUUUGCAUACUCUCGUCUUUAUUUUUUUUAAUAUAAUCUGUUUAACUAGUUGUAGCUAAAUGGUUAAAAAAAAAAAUUAAAACUGCGACGGUAUUUGUUUGCCUUAAUCUAUAUCGGAAGGUGCGUGUGCUGUUUUGCACUCUUUCGGUUUGUUUUAUUUUUAUUUCCAAUACCAGUUCAUUUAUAAAUCAAUGUAAUGAAAACGAUUAAUUCAGUCAAAAAGAAAAAUUUAAAAUUCUAUAAAGACUAUUAGUGCUACACGUAGUCAAAGGAUCAAAUAAAUCAGAGAAGUGACUUCAUGACCUUCGCGCUCUUCAACUUUUUAAGCCGAUUGUACGGAAAAGUAUUAUUUAUUUUUUUUACUUUUUUUUUUCAUUUCAUUCGCAUCAAUCAUAUCAGUAAGAGCGCGUAGUACAUGCAUUACCGUUGUUUCUAUACUUAAACAUAUUUUGAUGAGGAAUUUUUAUUGAGCACAAUAGAACACAAGAAAAUGUUCCUGUAGAGAUGGCAAAAAUUUCACGACGUGCUCUGGCCUCGUCGACUACAACAUUGAUUUUAAAUAAUAGUACUUCAGGAAUUUCAACAUCGACAUUAAAUAAUCAAUCAUCAACGGCCUUCACAUCGGCAGCAACGCGAACAUAUGCAACAAACUCUGAAGAAAGCUCUACUCCGACAAGCUAUUCAUUUACUGGCAAUUCAAGUUAUCCAGAUCCGUUGCGUUUGCAUAACGCUAAUGAUAGCGGUGUGGGUGAGAAAUAUCCAACCUACACAUAUACAACAACGACUCUUAGUCCAAAUAAAUAUGUGCCGUUUACUGCCUCACCAAUACCCGCAGACAUUUAUAAUAAAACCCUACAAGCUCAAAUUUUGGCAGCGGAACGUGAACGCAUUCGAGCCGAGUUUUUUGCGACAUAUGACGUCAUGACUGGAGUACGUAUAGCCGCUACUUUAGGUGGGUUUUUCGGUCUUAUGGUCUUUUUAAUUGUUUGGAAGAGCAGGAGCAGUUCCAAUGAGACCAUGAAAGUUUUGAAGGAUCCCAAAAUGGCCGCUGUAGCUGCCGUAUGCAUGCAGGAAGAGGAAGAACGUGAAAUUCAAGAAGCUAUGGUGGCCACUGGCCUUUCUAUAUACCCAGAUGAAUAUGACGCCAUACUUUACAGACGCCAGCGUAUGUUAUCGUUAGGUAAUGUAAGUGCUCCACCCAUGCUUAAUCGGGGAUUUCGUUUCUCUUCGGUGGGCGGAGGUGGCUAUAGUAGCUUGCUGGAGCCACCAAGAAGAUUUUCAUUUUCUGCUGCAUCCGGAGCUUUAAGUAUAGGCGGCGGUAGUUACGUUGCUACGCGAAAGAGGAGCGGAUCGGAAACUUCACGUAUAUUUAGCAACUACCCUAUGGGUAGUUUUGGUGCAGACGAUUAUUUUAUGGAGACCGAUGAUGAGGUAGAGAAUGGCGAUUACGUUCCGCAGGACAAUGCAAAACAAUUAAACGAAGUAGGAAGGGAGGCGGAAAGGAAAGAUUCUAUCAAAAGUAAACACGGUUUUCUUAAAGUACCAUUAACGGGUCAGGACUCACGCCGCAGUAGUGCUAUGACUUGCUGUAGUAGUGACAGCUCUUAUUUAGAAAGACGCUAUUCAGCGUUCACCUUGGGUAUGGCAAAUCUGCCCAAUACAUUACAACGUAAACAUUCAACGGCUUCACGAACAUCGAGCACUGAUAAUUGGGAUUAUUAUUAUCCUGACAUACAAGUGAUUCAACCUACACCAAAGUCUUCACCGUGUCCCUCGGAACGCAGCAUUUAUGAUCAAUUACAAUCUCAUAUACCGACUCAAACUAUAAAAACAACGACGUCUUCUGCCACUUCAACAGUACAGACCAAUUCGCGUGGUGUGAUAAGUUCAACUGUGACAACCAGCAAGACUGUAAAACCAACAAGCUCUUUAACCCCUCUCAGGACUUCCAUUUCUUCAGUUCCAUCUACUACGAAAGUUCAACCUUCCGCCACCUUCAUACGUAAGCACAGUAUAGCUUAUUACGAUCCAGAAAGUGCCCAGUCAGGGCGGAAACAGCAAAUACAUUCAAUUAGUGCCGACACGGUUGACGUCUAUCCGUACAAUCAACCCUUGUGUGAGCGUGGCAUAUAUGAGGAUUUGCCACCGAUGCAAAUCCCACACACACCACCAUCAGAUGUUCGUCAAAAUCUCGUUCACCCGAGCGAAUCGCCAAUGGAAGACAUACGUUUGAAUGCAAGACGCAAAGUUGCUGUCGUGGAACUUCCUCGUAUACCGUAUCCCGAACAAACAACACCGCCUAGCCUAGCGACCUUAACCUGUGAGAAUAAUAAUACCUUUUCAAUAUUCGCGAACACCGCAGCCGCCCUAGCAGCUGCUAACUCCAGCAGUAUAAGUGUAGACAGUACUCCAUUGAGCAUUGAUAAGUUAAAUGGCAGCGGUAGUUUGGGUACCGUAUCCGCUAAAGCUAUAUUCAAUGCCAACAGAAGAGCGCCGUUAGCUUCAUUAAGUUCCUUUAAGAUUUCCUCUCUGGAAUAUCAAGAUUCCGAAAUGCGUUCGUUGGACGAAGAUUCGGUUUUUAUUGAAAGCGCUGCAGACACCGACGAAGACAUGCAACAGCUAAGCAGUGACAGUGAAGAAGUGAGUUUAGGUAGCAGUCAUGAGAUUGAUUUAGUUGCACAAGAUCAUGAGAGUCUAGUACCUGAUUCGGCCGAAGAACAGGACUCAAUAAGAGGAGCUAUACCACGUACCUGUCACCUGCCGGCCAAAUAUUGCGGUGAGAAACGUUAUAGUUUGGGUGAAUCCUUAACUGUGACACCUACCAUCAACGCCACCAAUUUAUUGGGUAGUACAGCCAUAACUGCCAGUGCGCGUGCCCGUCGGUCUUUAUUACAACGGCACCGUACAAUUAGUGUUUCUUCCAGUGAUCGGGUAACACUGUUGGGACAGCAACUCAAAGAGUUUCCCAGCAGUGGCACUCAAACACCCUCCUCAAGUGUCGAGUCUAGAGCUCCCUUGGAAACUCACUUUGGAGCCAUUAUUUGCACAAAUAGCCCACCCGCACACCAGCGACGUCGUGCUCAAUUGCUGCAGCAAUAUAGCGAUCCGUAUAGUCAGCCUACUACAACUACAACGACUACGACUACAGCGACAGAAGAAGAGACCUGCUCGACUAUGAAUACGGAAUUGGGCGCUGUUGGAGUUUACGGCGGCAUUGAAUUGUCAGUUACACCUGAUAGCUUAGGUGGGACUGACGUCACCACCACAGCCAGCAAUGAAACUGCAAUAUUAGGUAGCGGCGGUCGUGCCUCUACCAGUUUAACCCAACACAGUAGUUUAGCUACAGUGAUUAGUUUUGGUCAUGUCAGUCCAUUAACCGAGAGCCAAACAUGUACAAGCGCUUCUUUAGGCGUGGUGGUAAGUGAUGACUUCCCCGAAGUUUCAAGCAAACACAAACAUGCACAGCAACAACUGCCACUUGCUCUAGUAACUAAUGACCCCUGCGGUUCUUCGAUAUCGGAUUCAUUUAUACAACAACACCAUCAUCCUUUGAUCAGUAUGCCUUCCUCGCUCAAAAGUCUUAUAGUACGCGGUUCUUCCUCACAAGCAGUUGCAAAAUUAGGAAACGUAAGUCGUAGCGCUACUAAUUUAACAAGCGCUAAAGAAGCUGACGAUGAUAGUAUUUUAUAUGCCGACCAUCGCAGUCCCUGUCCUUCCCUAAUGUUAGAGCUUCCCCUUAUCAAAUUGCCAACGGAAGAUAGUUCUCCCGAAAAUUCGUUAACUUCUGAACUAAACGCUGAUGUUGAACCGAGGCAAUGUAAAAGUGAUCAAACCGGUUAUUCUAGCUUACCGGGUUCCGCACGCAAAUGGUCCAGAGAAACAUUAUUCUAGCUAGAAUUGCUCUUGACGACAAACAAAUCGUCUAAACAGUUUGCAACCAAAACGGUUUAUAGUUACUUGACGAUUUAUCGAGACAUAAACCAUAACUAAUCAAGGAAUUUGUUACUGUUAUAUUCUUACGUAAAUGAGCUUGUAAAAGUUUGUUUUAGUUUUUUAUGUAAUGACUAACGAGUACGUUA